AUGCUCCGCAGCGCACGUCGAACCAUCACGAUCCUCCGCACGCGCAAAGACCUCGACGGCUGGCGCGCGCAACAGAGCGAGGUCGGCCUCGUGCCCACCAUGGGCGCGCUGCACGCCGGCCACGCGGACCUCAUGCGGCGCGCGGCGGCCGAGAACGACAUCGCCAUCGCGUCCAUCUUCGUGAAUCCGACGCAGUUCGCGCCCGGCGAGGACCUGGAGAAAUACCCGCGGACGUUCGAGCGGGACGUCGAGGUCCUGCGAGACGCGGGCGUCGCCGCGUGUUUCGCGCCGACCGUCGAGGACAUGUACGGCGACGGCGACGGCGUCGCCGUGCUGCCGCCGCCGCGCUUCGACGCGCUGAGCGAGGGCGCCGCGCGGCCGGGCCACUUCUCGGGCGUCUGCACGGUCGUCGCCAAGCUGUGGAACGCGGUGCGGCCGAAGCGGUCCUACUUUGGCCAGAAGGACGCCAUGCAGUGCGCCGUGCUCCGCAGCCUGCGCCGCGACCUCGCCUUCGACCUGGAAGUCGUCGUCUGCGACACCGCGCGCGCGGACGACGGCCUCGCGCUCUCGUCGAGGAACGCGUAUCUCGACGCCGACGAGCGCGCGGCCGCGCCCGUCGUCUUCAGAGCGCUCGGCGCCGCGCGCGACGCCUGGCGCGCCCAGGCGGGGCCCGGGCCCGCCGCCGCGCUCCGGAGCGCCGCCGAGGCGACGCUCGCGGCCGAGCCGCUCGUUCGCCGCGUCGAGUACGUCUCCGUCGCGGACUACGACACGAUGGCCGAGCUCGACGUCGUCCCGCCGCCCGACGGCGGCGCCGAGCCGCGCGCGAUCCUCUCCGUCGCCGUGCGCCUCGGCAACGUGCGCCUCAUCGACAACCUCCCGCUUCGCGGUAAUUAG